AUGUUGAGUAAAACGACAGAGGUUACAUUAUUAAAUUUUCGUUUCGAUGUUGAUAGUGUAAGUCAGCGAGCUUUGACAAAGCCUGUAUAUCAAACACUUUCCCUUAGUGGCAAAUCAGGUUCAGAUGGGCAUCCCGGUGCUAGUGGUUACAGUGGAUCUGAUGGAUCUAAAGGUUCAAGAGGGUGUAGCGGUGGGAAUGGUGGAAGUGGUAAGAAAGGAUCUGCUGGUCAGUCAGGUCAAUCCGGUCAAGAUUCUGAACAUGCAUGGAUCGCAUUAAGCGGAACAGUCGACAAUUUAAAUACGCAACUGACAACAUUUAAGAUAUCACAGGGUUCAUUAGAGCAUUCCGCUGGUAUCAACUGGACUCUCGCCAAACCCCUUACGAAUGUCAAUCACAAUUUUCAAUUGGCUAAAUCAAGUGGAAUUAUUCUUGUGAAAGCCGUAGGAGGUAACGGAGGUCGCGGAGGUGUUGGAGGUAAUGGAGGCAAUGGAGGUAAUGGAGCGCGUGGUGGUCGUGGUUUUGAUGGAUCCGAUGGGCGCAAUGCGCACCAUCAAAAUGAUACUGCUGGAAAGGGGAGCGAUGGUGCAUCUGGUGGUAAAGGUGGUCAUGGAGGUGAUGGUGGUAAGGGUGGAAGCGGAGGAAACGGUGGGAGUGCAGGUGCUGGUGGGCAUAUCCAGGUUCGAAGUGUAGAUCCUCGAUUAUUUAUGUUAAUUGAGCUGGAUUGUAGAGCGGGAAUAAAAGGCAAAGGUAGUCACGGUGGAACCGGUGGUUCUUACGGCGUCGGCGGUGUGGGUGGACCUGGUGGUACCGGUGGUCGUGGUGGAUCCGGUUGGCCGCCCGGCGAUAACGGUUCCAAUGGUUCUUACGGUAAGGAUGGUAAGGAUGGUAGCAGAGGCAAGAUUGGUUCUCACGGUCAGGAUGGUUGGGCUGCAAGAAAUGGUUCAAUUCAAUAUGCUGUAGUUGCUAUAGAUGGUAGCAUUAUUGAAGUGGGUUUUGAUAAAUAUCAUGCUAGUGUUAUUGGUUACACUAUUACUGACGAAAAUAACGAUGGAAUCUACGAGCCUAACUCAGAUUUUUUUAUUACAAAUGUUAAAUGGACAAAUAACGGUGCAAUGAUCAUGCCCGACGGAGCUAUACUAUCAUUUCCAUCUACAGGAUACAUUACUAAUGGUACAAACGAUGUUAGUAUAUUGCCAAGCAUGUAUAUCAAUCACGUUCUACUCGAUCCUCAUCAAUUUAAAUGCCAUAUAAAUGCUGUAUCCACUCUUCCAAUGAAUAAACCAUACAUUCAAUCCAUACAAAUAACAUCGCAAAUUAAACUAUUAAAUCGUCUAUUUAGUGGCAGUGAAGUCUCAACUGUAUUAACCUGCCAAUAUCCUAUACAUAUUACAAGUAUUGAAAUCCCAACUUUUUUAGGUCCUAAUGAACGAGCCAUAGUAUCAGUACAUUUUGCUAAUAUUUCUGCACGAUCGUACGGUGCAUCUUCGGAUUCAGCUGGUUCAAUAGAAUUUACGCUUUCAGUUCAUUCUUUAAUAAAAAUUUUACCUGCAAGCAAAGAAUAUUUUUACGAAAUAACGUCGGAUGGUCGUGGUCGCUACAAAUUUAAUGAUAAUAUUCCACCUCGAUCAACAAAAUGUAUUAGGUUUGAAAUCGCUUUGGAUGCCAAUGCUGUUAAUCAAUAUUAUGAACAUUUAUUUUGGAAUAUUAAUUUAUUAUUACGAGAUGUACUUAUUGAAAAUCAUAGAAAUAAAAUUAGAGUUGUACCAACAUUUAUACCAAAUAUUCAUACUGAUGUACUCCUAGUGACAAAUGCUCAUGUUGGUCGAUCUGAGUUUCUUGCAUACCAGAAUUUGUUUCGAUUAUUUAAAUAUUCGAGUCAAACUUGGGAUAUCGAACGCUAUGGUGCAUUUCAUAAUCCAGAACUAACAUGGUUGAAUACAACAGAGUUGAUUAUUUUUAUUUAUUCAAAACCUGAAUCAACAUUUCAAACAAUGAAAUCGGACUUAUUUUUGAAACAUAUGAAGUCUGCCGAAAAUGCUGGUUUUAUUUGUAUUGGUGCCGGUUUACCGAUGGAAUUGGAUUUUGGUCUAUUCGAUUAUAAUAAUUUACAAUUUAUUGAUGAUGAACAGGAAACUAAAUCAGCAGCUACAAAUCAUCUCUGGUAUGGGUUUGGAUUUACACGACCUACUGACAGCCAAUUGAAUGCGAAAGCCAAUAAAUUUCGUAAAAACUAUGAAAAACAAGACGAUCAUAAAUUUUUAUACCAAGUAGUUUAUGAUGAUACCGCAAAUGAAGAUUUCGCAGGUUGUAUGACUGUUUCGUAUGGGGCUAAGUAUGUGUAUAAAUCCGCUUUGGAUUCCCAAGUCGAUAAUCGAAUAAGUAUGGUCCCUUGCGAUAAUCCUUUGUUAACCAGUUCGAAUUUACCAUUCGUAUUGCAAACUCAAAUGAAUACAAAUCAACAUGAAGUUAGUACGAAUAAAAUAGACAACAACUCACAAGUUCGAAGUAUCAUUACAAAUGAAAUCGAUUUAAAUUCACAAUUUGGUAGAUUAUUAUGUGCUAUUUUAUUUUAUCAAGGUUUUGAAAAAUCUCAUAUGAUAAUCAGCGAACAAAGCGAAUUGGCAUUUUGCAUAUUCACAACAGGUCCAAAUAAACUGAAUUUUAGUCAAAUUCUAGUUAGCCUUGCUAUGUCAAUUAUUGAACGUGAAUACGAUCGUGAAAGUCUACAAUUUGAAUCAUCAAAACAAUUAGUGGAUCAAAUCACUAAUAUAAUUGGACAAGAAAAUAUUACGGACAGUGAUUUUGGCGUAGAGACGAAUGGUUGGUUUUACUUACUCAUUCAAGCGUUGUAUGGAUAUAUUGAAAGUAAAUUUUGGAGUUCUUUUCCUUGGUGUGGUUGUACAAAUAAAGCAAAACAACGACAUAAAUUACAAGAAAUAUUAAAUGAUUUACUUUCAUUAACAACAAAUGAUAUUCCAAAAAACAAAGAAAUUCAGCGACAAGUACAAAUUUUAAGAUUACAAAAAUUAGCAAAUUUAAACUUUCCAACAACUGAUAAAAGAGAAAUGUGUGUUCGACCAAUGAACGAAGUUCGAGCAUGGCAAUUGGAACAAAAUAUUGAGGCUAAACCAUCAGAAUUAUCAGAUGAGCUUGGCAAAUUUUGA